AGCGUUCGUCACAAAGCUGAGAGGAAGAACGGACACCUCUUGAGAGUCAUACUGACACCCUCAUCCUCCAUCAUGGCAUCUGCAGCAGAUUGGAAACUGCAGAUGGACGCUGCCCCUGAGGCAGAAAAACCGCAGUAUCAGUUCUUCUACGAGAAAGCCUUGAAGAGUGAGGAGGAAGAGAAAGAGAGAGAGAGAAGGGAUAAGGUGCAGGCUCACGAGGCCGUCCUUAGCACCGUGUCCGCUCUGACUGAUGAGGAGGUAGAAGAGAAAACGGUUACCCUCCUCAGAGCCUUAGCAGGGGUCCGGGUUGUUGAGGACCAUACUGGCCAACUCGCGCAGGUGUUUAAGCAGCUUAAGGAGUUGCGCGAAGACAUGGCCAAGAUGGCGCAGCAGCACUGCGAUCAGCUGCAACAGUUUGCUAGUUCGCUGCAGGCUCAAAUCGUCUCUUCACUCACCUACCCUGCCUCCAAUGCUGCGUGUCAGUCCAGUUUUGCCCCUCUGAAUAUGUCUACUUCUCCUUCUACUUCUUCUUCUUCUUUGAGUGUGGUUAAUAGCCAAAGCGGAUCUGCAGCAAGUCCAGACCCCGCUGCUGCUGCUGCUGCUGCUGCAGCGGCAAGUGGUGGUGCAGGGACUUCUGGAACUGUUGCAGCCCCGGGUCCAGACCCAGCAAUGGCUGGGCCGGGCAGCAACUUUGCUUACCUCGACAGGAAGGCGGCACAGAUUCCGUCCAAGUAUGAUGGAAAAGACGACGUCGAGUCAUGGAUCAGCACCAUGCGGUCCUACUUUGAUGUGUUGGGGACACCCCCAGUCACUCAGUCGUCGGUCCUUGGGACCAAUGUGGAACCCRCYGUGAGAGGAUUYCUAGAAAUCCAAGUUGUACAAGCAGGCUAUAAACGUAUAGACCUGAACAAAUGGCUGAAGGCUACGCCUGUAGCCACACUUGAGGAUCUCUUGAUUCAACAGUAUGCCGAUCCACAUGCUGCAGCAAAAGCAAGACUUAAGCUUGAUAAACUCAAGCACAGCAAGUGGACUGGCACCAUGCAAACAACGGUCCCCUCUGCUAAAAUUCAUCGCCUGGGCCUCAAACUCGCGGAAUAUACAGAUUGGCUUUCCCUCAUGCGGGAUCUAGUCAAGCUGGAGGCACAAGACCUCCCGGGUGGAUCGAGUGGCAAAAGAGCCCUUGGCCGCAAACGGUUUUCUGGCAGCAACCGUUUAGCAACACACGAUCUGCUAGAGGAUGACGAGGAGAUCCUCGCAGACAACCCUUCUCUUGAUGACGAUCAAGAGCAAGGCUGUGAGGCAUCAUGCUCUGCGUCAGCCCACGAGUCUGAGUUGGCCCAAUGUGAAAGAACCACGUGGAAGGACUCACAAUUCAUGGUCAAAGAUGCCAUGGGGAUCGAGCGUCCCGUCCUCUUGGAUGAGCCGCGCGAGUCCCAAGUGACCUUUCUCAAUGCAAUGCAAUUCUGCAAAAAGUGGCGCAGGCGCAAAACUGAUGAGCAAAUGUAUAUAGCCUUUGUUAGACCUGCUCAUGUGCCUUCUAUUUUCGUUGUACAUAGUGAUUCUACUUUGCAUGCUGUGUCCACCUCGGAUGCAACUGCAUCUACCUCUAGUAAGUCCAUCUCUAGUCCAAAUGACUCUACUUCUAAUCCUAUUGUUUUGGCUGCACCAAUACAAACUGACAUGCUUGCUCCUGAGAGUGAUGACCCCCCUCCGAAAAUCCCACCGGACAUUCGCAACCUUCUCAACCGAUUUCCUGACGUCUUGGCCGAACCGCAUGGAGUCCCCGUGCGUCCGGUCCGACACAGGAUCGAGUUGAUUGAAGGUAGCACUCCUCCAAAGGGUUGUGUCUAUCGAAUGGGCUUAGGCGAAUUGGAGGAGUUGCGAAGGCAGAUUGAUGAAAUGAUUGGGAAGGGAUGGAUCAAGCCGAGUGAGUCGGAGUUUGGUGCACCGGUGCUGUUUGUCCCUAAGAAAGGAGGUAAGUUGCGGAUGUGUAUUGACUACCGCGGGUUGAAUCGGAUCACGAGAAAGAAUGCAUAUCCUUUGCCACGUUUCGAUGAUUUGCUUGAUGUUGCAGGUGGGUGCAAAGUGUUCAGCAAGAUCGAUCUCAAGUCUGGCUACCACCAGAUCGAAGUCGAUCCUGCGGACCAGCACAAAACCACAUUCAAAACUCGCGAUGGGCUGUACGAGUUUACCGUCAUGCCCUUCGGUCUCACGAAUGCGCCAGCCACCUUUCAAAGUCUCAUGGACAAAGUGUUCCGCCACAAGAUUAACCGGUUUGUUGUUGUUUAUCUGGAUGACAUACUAAUCUUCAGCAAAUUGAUGGAAGAGCACGUGAGACACCUUGAGGAGGUGAUGCAGAUCCUCAAGGACGCGCAGCUCCAUCUCAACUUGGAGAAAUUUGAGUUUGGGAGGGACAACGUCAUCUACCUUGGACAUCAGUUGUCUGCUGCAGGCCUAGAGCCCGAGGCAACCAAGGUUGAGGUCAUCCAAAAGUGGCCCCAACCUGCGAAUGUCCGCGAGUUGCGUUCUUUUCUUGGUCUUGCGUCGUACUACCGUAAGUUUGUGCCUAAAUUUUCUAUCAUUGCCCGUCCAUUUUCUAGACUAACCAGCAAGAAUGUGUCCUACACAUGGAAUGAGGAGUGCACGACAACCUUCGAAGCACUAAAGGAGGCUUUGGUGAGUCAUCCGGUGCUCCGCGUUGCAGAUCCCAAGCUUACAUUCGUAGUAACUACGGAUGCAAGUUUGUAUGGGAUUGGUGCAGUGUUGCAGCAAGAUGAUGGUGAUGGUUUUCGUCCGCUGGAAUACUACAGCAAACGCAUGCCCAGCCACAAGGUAGCUGCCUCCACUUACAUGAGAGAGCUUUAUGCCUUGAGAGAGGCACUAGACCAUUGGAAACACUACCUCUUGGAUCGCCAUUUCAAAGUGUUAUCGGAUCAUGAGACUUUGAAGUGGAUUCAAGCACAGUGUGGGCCCCCGAAAUCUCUUGUGAGUGACCGGGACACUAGGUUUAUAAGUGCAGAACGGAAGGACUUCACCUCCCAGGUCUAUGACAUGAAACUCAAGAUGACAUCUGGUCGACAUCCCGAAGCCAAUGGACUGGCCGAGGAGAUCAACCAGACGGUGAUCCAACUUCUCCGAGCCUUAAUUGUGCCUGAUCAGAAUUCUUGGGAUGAGGAAUCGUCGAUCGUGCAAGGGUUGUACAACAACUCCAUCCACUCCUCCACCGGUAUGACGGCUAACCGGUUGCAUCUUGGAUGGAAAAUUCGCAAUCCUCUAUCCUACCUGUUCCCUGAACAGCCUCCUGGUCUGACACCUGGCCAGCCAGGCUACAGCGCUAAGUACGAUCGGUUGCUCAAGGUUGUUAUCGCGGCUAUGGAAAGGCGACGCAGUGCCAUGAUCAAACACGCAAACAAGAAGCGCCAGCCUGCGCCUUUCACAGUGGGGAGUUAUGUCUGGGUCAAGAUGUCUGAGUUUUCCGAAGAGGUAGGUGAAUCUGCAGCUGUUUCAGUUGAGACUAAUGAGGAUGAUGUGUGUUUGGGAACUGCGCGGGCAGCAUCCUUCUCCUAUGAGGAUCCUGACCCGGAUCAGGACCCGGGGCAGGAUGAGCUUCAGUCCAUUGCUGCUUUCUUCUUCCAUUUGAAAGAACAGAAGAAGAAGGGCCUGUCUGAACUCAUCAUGCUUCGGCCACUGAUCAACCGCACCAGGAUCACUGGGCUGUUGGACUGCGGGGCCACCCGGAACUUCAUAUCCCCCAGUGCAGUCAAAAAACUGCAUCUGGGUAUGAAAGUUCAGCAGUUGCAGCAGCCGCUGCAAGUGCGGAUUGGUGACUCUACAGUGAUCAGCAUCAGGGAGAAGGUCAAGGGCAUCCCUGUGACCUUCGAUACUGCAGGAAAAGUCAGACAUAGUUUGAACUUUUACAUCUUCCCUGAGCUUCCCUUUGACUUGGUGUUCUCCAUGCAGUGGUUAAGGGCAGUCAACCCUAGGAUCGACUGGCAGAUCCCUAGAGUUGAACUACCAGACAGUCAGGGGUUGUAUCAGCAAUGCAUGAUUGCUGCUGAUCACCACCCUAAGACCUCCUGCUACUGUCUGAGAGCGAGGGAGUUCCAUGCUCUCUCUCGCCAGUACCACCAUGAGCGCCUGUUUAUUGCUCUGGUCAAGCAAACAGAUGUUCCCCCUGUUUCCUGUCCUCCUGAGAUACAGCAGGUGGUAGAUCAGUAUGCUGAUCUGAUGCAGGAGCCCUUUGGACUUCCCAACCGGCCAACCAAGCAUCACAUCGAGCUGCUGCCUGGAGCGGUUCCUCCCAAGGGCCGCAUCUACAGGAUGUCCCCUGUUGAGCUUGAGGAGCUCAGAAAGCAGUUUGAGACCCUGACCAGCAAAGGCUGGAUCAGAACCAGCACAUCUGAAUUCGGUGCACCUGUUCUCUUUGUACCCAAAGGGAACGGCGAGUUCAGGAUGUGCAUUGACUACAGGGGUCUCAACAAGAUCACUAGGAAGAGUACUGAGCCACUUCCUAGGAUCGAUGACCUCCUGUACAUGGUGCAGGGCUGCACAGUGUUCAGCAAAGUCGACCUCAAAUCUGGCUAUCACCAGAUUGAGAUGGCAGAGGAGGAUGUCUACAAGACAGCCUUCAAGACCAGGUAUGGGACUUACGAGUUCCUGGUCAUGCCAUUCGGACUUCGCAAUGCCCCAGGCACAUUCCAGACAGAGAUGCACCGCAUCUUCAGGCCUUACCUGGACAAGUUUAUGGUUGUCUACCUGGAUGAUAUCCUGGUAUUCAGCAAAACUGCCAGGGAACAUGCGGAGCACUUAGCUCUAGUUCUUCAGUCGUUACGUGACAGCCAAUAUAAGAUCCACAGAGAGAAGUCCUCUUUUGGAGUCCCCUCUGUCAUCUAUCUGGGUCAUGUAAUCUCUGGAGAUGGUCUGGCUCCUGAAGCAGCCAAGAUUGUUGCUAUUCAGUAGUGGCCUCAACCUCAGACAGUGAGGGAUGUCCGGUCCUUCAUGGGUUUGGCCUCCUACUACAGGAAGUUUGUCAUGAACUUUUCUGCAGUGGCUGCACCCCUGACUAACCUAACAAAGAAAGACACUCCCU